AAGAACAAAGUGGACCAGUCCCCCUCAGCUUCCACUCACCCUCCCCCCUUUCCGUUACACUUCUAAACAUGGUUACCAUCUCCAAGUCCUUCCUCCUUCUUUUGGGAACAGCUAUCGCCUGUGCUACUGCCAAGACGACACCUGCCCCUACCCCUACAUAUACACCACAGGAGAUGUCCCAAGUGAUCGACUGCCAAACGCAAUGCAUCUCCCUCACUCCACCGUUUGGCCAUCCACCAGACAUCAACGUGAAGCAAUAUAUGAGAGUGAAAGACUACGGCAGAAUGCCUUAUUUGAUCAAAAAUAUGCAGCCAAUUGUCAAGCCAUGCAUCAAACAACUCCAAAAGCUGAAGGGCAAUGCCACCAAGGUCACCAAGGAGAGCUUUGAGGCCUACGUUUUGUGCAAUUCCAAGACUCUGACCAAGAAUGAGGAUGUUUACUUUGCCAAGAACUUCGACUGGAAAAAGAAUGGAUUCAACAAGAAAGAAUGGACCCAAUUCCGGAACCACACCGUGCCUGGAUUCAGGAGAGCACUCCACAUUUGCCGAGGAGGUUGCCGAAGAAUUCAUUUUGCUCAUAAAGGACCUCCCAAGCCCUAAAUAGAGUCCUCGCCAAUAAGUCAUGAACCAUUAUAUUUUUAGAGAAUGCCGAGCGAUUCAAUAAAUAAGAUUUUAUACGUACACUACUUCCACGUAUCAUUGAGGCACGGACGAUGUGGAUGAGGAUAUUGAUGAGGACAAGGAUGAGUGUGCGAGCAAGGACGAGGACAUAGGUGAUGAAGAACGCGACUUGAGGAAACGUCUACGGGAGGAGUAACGGAUACAAUGGAGCGCAAAAGAGCCUAGUCGAAAGAGGCAAGUAUUCUAGCAAUUCCAAAAUAUAAUAUUGGCGAGGACUCUAACACACAGGAAAAGGUCACUA